GUGCACACAUUCAGUUUCUGAAUUUCUCUACUGAAGCAAAUCAUGAUUUCCUUGAAAUUCAGAAUGGGCCUUACCACACCAGCUCUAUGAUUGGCCAGUUUAGUGGAAUGGAACUCCCAUCACCCUUGCUUAGUACUACUCAUGAAACACUUGUUCAUUUUUACAGUGAUCACUCAGAAAACAGGCAAGGAUUUAAGUUGACAUACCAAGCUCCUUGUGGCUACAAUGUAACUGCUCAGAAUGGUACAGUUUAUUCCCCAGGAUUUCCAGAUGAAUAUCCAAAUUCCAAGGACUGUACUUGGUUAAUUAUUGUACCUCCAGGCCAUGGGAUUUAUAUCAACUUUACCUUACUCCAAACUGAGCCUGUGAAUGACUACAUUGCAGUUUGGGAUGGUCCUGACCAUAAUUCACCGCAGCUGGGAGUUUUCAGUGGGAACACAGCUCUAGAAACAGCUUACAGUUCCACCAAUCAAGUUCUCCUCAAAUUUCACAGUGAUUUUUCAACAGGAGGAUUCUUUGUCCUCAAUUUUCAUGCUUUUCAGCUGAAGAAAUGCCAGCCUCCACCCAUAGUUCCACAUGCAGAUUUGUUUACAGAGGAUGAUGACUUUGAAAUAGGAGAUUUUGCGAAGUACAAGUGCCAUCCUGGUUUCACCCUUGUUGGACAAGAUAUAUUAACUUGCAAACUGAAUGCACAGUUGCAGUUUGAAGGAUCAUCUCCAAUUUGUGAAGCACAAUGUCCAGCAAAUGAAAUCCGUACAGAAUCAUCAGGAGUGAUCCUUAGUCCAGGUUACCCAGGCACCUAUCCCAACUCUCAGACCUGUUCUUGGACUAUAAAGGUUGAUCCAGGAUACAACAUCUCCAUCUUCGUAGAAAUGUUUCAAAGUGAAAAGCAGUUUGAUGAGCUGGAGGUAUUUGAUGGUUCCUCUGGGCAAAGCCCUUUAUUGGUUGCUUUAAGUGGAAAUCAUAGUGGACAAAUGAACUUUACAAGCAGACUCAAUCAGCUGUAUCUUCGCUGGUCAACUGAUCAUGCAACCAGCAAGAAAGGAUUCAAGAUCCGAUACUCGGCUCCCUAUUGCAGCUUAAACCCUAUCUUGAGGAACGGUGGAAUUGUAAAUAAAACAGGUGGUCCCGCUGGAAGUAAAGUUCGCUAUUACUGCAAACCUGGGUAUAGAAUGAUUGGUCGGAAUAAUGCAACGUGUAGGCGUCACCAAAAUGGCAUGUAUCAGUGGGAUUCUCCUGUGCCAAUCUGCCAAGCUGUAUCUUGUGGUAUUCCUGAAUCUCCUGGGAAUGGUUCAGUUCUAGGUAAUGAAUUCACUUUGGGCAGUAGAUUGAUAUAUGAAUGUAAUAAGGGCUUCAGGCUAGAAUCUAGUCAACAAGCAACAGCAGUAUGUCAAGAAGAUGGAUUAUGGAGCAACAAGGGGAGGCCACCUGUUUGCAAAU